GGGAGCAUACAGGCUUGUAUGUGAACCUUUCCCUGAUACCAGUGAUGGGAGGUCUUGCCCUGUGUUCCAUCAAUGAGCUCAGUUUUGACUUCAGAGGUUUCUUGGCUGCAAUGGCUACAAAUCUCACUGAAUGCUUACAGAAUGUUUAUUCAAAAAUGCUGAUAAGCGGUGAAAGUUUCAAGUAUACGCCAGCAGAGCUCCAGUUCUACACCAGCAUGGCGUCAGUGGUUGUACAGAUCCCUGCUUCUGUCCUGCUAGUAGAUCUAGCAGAUGUCGCAGACUCUACCACCACCACUCAACUAGCACUUUAUAUAUUGAACGGAGUCUUCUUCCACUUCCAGAGUAUCACAGCUUAUGUUCUUAUGGACUACAUUAGUCCUGUUACUCAUAGUGUUGCCAACACAACUAAAAGAGCAUUCCUGAUCUGGCUAUCGGUGCUGAUGUUUGGCAAUGAUGUGACGGUACUGAGUGGACUCGGCACUUGUGUCGUCAUUGUGGGUGUUUUGCUCUACAACAAGGCUCAGCAAAUUGACUUGCAGAUGUACAGCAAACUGAUCAAAAAAGAGCACAGUGGUCUUCCAAGCACAAUGAAAACCCGUUCCAUUUAACCCUGCCUUGAGUUUUGCCAUCGACCAUACAAGAGGCUGUGAACCCAUUGCCAACCAGUUCCGUCAAUUGUCAUGUUUACCUUACACCAAUACAGUACCUAACUUUCAAUCACAUGGAAGUUAUAUGUUUUUCUUCUAUGUUUAUAAGGGAAAAUAUUUUGAUAUAUUCGUAAAAUGUAAAUAUUUUAAUUUUUAUUCUGUUCCAAAUUCAGUUAAUUAUAUAUACAGAUGUUUUAAGAAGAUUAACUGUAUUUAUUCAUCCUUUUAAGGGCUUAAAAUAUUAGUGUGUCAAAGAUUUUUCAAGAUACUAAUAGAUUGUAAUGAAAAUUUAUAUCUCUGUAUAAAGAAAACUAAUAGAGUACAGUAAAAUUAGAAAAACCAUUACAUACUAGAUAAUGUACUUGUGUAGUAUAUUUAUGUAGUUGAAUGAUGUACAUUACUAUCUUAUUGUUUUGUUUUUUUACAAUUAAUUGCUUCAGAAGUGUUUAGGUAGAUACAUAAAAGUUUGUUUUUACACACAGACAUGAUCUCAAAAAUAUAGCAUAAAUCAAGUUUUCAAAGGUUCAAUCAAUCAAUAUAUAAAAUGGUGUCUCAAAAUAAAUGUUAACACUAUAGUAUUAGACAGAACAGGUGAUGUUAAUAUCAACCUCCUUAUAGCACUAAUUAACAAUACUCUUCUCUGAAGAAUACUCCGUGCUAUCCAUGUAGUUAAUUUUAAAAGUACCAAGGAUUAAACACAAAAAUAAAAGACAUAAAAAUAAUAAAAUGUGUUAUAUAAAACAUCUAUUUGCUUUUAGCUAUACACAAAUAUUUGCAUCUGUAUUUAUUAAGUGCUAUUAUAAUAUAAAUAUGUAUACUUUUUUGUUAGUUAAAUUAUAUGUUUAGCUGAGGAGUGAUUACAAUAUACAGAAAACACGAUAAUGUAGGUUGUUUAAGCCAGGUGAGCUACUCCUAGCAGGAAUGUGGUCACCACUUAGUAACAUGGCAAUGUCCAUCUCCAUAAUUAACUUGUUUACAAGGAAAUAAAGUUUGUUAACAUAUCAACAGUUAGCUCGGGCUUUUGUUGUUAAGUGCACCCAGAUAAUAAUAUAACACUCAUUAGAAUCUCAAAUUGUUAAUCAAUUGUGGAAUAGCAUAAUAUAAAUUACAGAUGUUUGUUCUUUCCAGUUAGUUCAGCAUUAAGUUAUUUAUUUGAUUGUGUAUUAAUAGAUUCUAAUAUACUAGGUGUUCAUUUUGGAUGCAUUUGUUUUACAAUAAAAGUUUUACUAGGGCCCAAAUAUAAUUCAACUUAAGGAAAAUAUAUAUGGAAAUGUAUAAAAUAUCUUAUUACAUCAGUAAUUGUAACAUUUUAAAACACAAAAGUAUUAUUUGCAAAACUUUAUUUCAAAUCAAUUUUAAUUUCAUUGUGAAAUGUAAUUAAACUGAAAAGUUUAAUUGCAUUUUACUAUAAAACAAGAUAAAUAUUUCAAACUAAUCACAACACUACCGCAUAAUGAAGAAUAAUAACGAUAUAUGUAGUAUAUGCGCACUCAUGACAACCGAGAAAGCAGUUAUACAAGCCAUGGAUAUGUUUGGUUAUGGCUCUGUAGGAGACGCACAACUGAAAAGCAGAUGGUCGAAGUUAGACAAAGAGCGCUCCCCUUCCCCUGCUGUAGAGUGAAGGUCGUUUAUAAAUACUUCCUUAGCAACCAGGAUAAGCAUGGAGCAUGCACCAUGCAUUGCAAAUGCCUUUUGUGAACUAAAAAACAUUCCAAGAGACAUAAUCUAUAAUAUUGGAUAUAACUGUAUUUGGCACUUUGGUCAAAGUCUACCAUUCUAAUAUAUCCGUCUACGGUGUGGGAAGGGUUAAGAAAAACUACUUUAAUGGUAUCACUAAAUCAACUUUAAAUAACGUAAUAUGCCACAGUAAGAUUACAGUAAAUAAUCCAUUACAUUGUUUAGUACAAGAUUAGAUUAGAAACUUAGAAAUUGCAUUUGUAUUACAAUGUACUACUAUUAUUACCAUAGUUUAACUUAUCAAUUUGUGAUUAAAUGUAAUAUCAUAAUAAAAUUCUAUUUUUUAAGCGAGUUA